AUGACCCUCCCCACCACACCAGAUGGCAAGGUCAUCAUCCCCGGGUAUUACCCGAGCAUUCCAGCUGCCAUCGCCGGAAUGGCGCUCUUUGGAGCCGUCGCAGUUGCCUUUCUAUGGAACUUCUUCCGGUACGGUCGCCAGCGGUAUUUGCUGUGGGUCACUGUUGGUGCAAUAAUGAUGGCACUUGGAAUGGCUGUUCGCAUCCCGGUCCACAACGAUCCGACGUCCAUCCCUACCUACUCUGUGUCCACCCUCCUCACUCUGCUCUCGCCCUGCGCAUUCAUCGCCCAAGAUUACUAUGUCUUACCAAAACUGGCAGAGUGGGCGGACGCCGACGACUGCUUGUUCCUCCAACCUCGCCUGGUGGGCCGUAUCUUCCUCAUCUCGGAUGCCGUUACCUUUUUCCUGCAAAUGUCCGGCUCUGGAAUGGGGGCAGUGGCUAGUAUGGCUUCCAUCGGUGACAAGAUCGCCCUCAUCGGUCUUAUCGCCCAACUGGUCUCAUUCUCUGUUUUCAUUGUCCUACUCGUGUGGUUCGGUUUCCAGGUGUAUGUGCAUGGCCCCCAGACUAGAGCUGACAGCAGCAAACGACACUACCUGACCAAAUGGAAUGCUCAAGUGGGCAAAGGGUGGAAGAGAGACUGGCGCGCCGUGUACUGGGCAACGCUGUGGACGUGCCUGGGCCUCAUGGUCCGCUGCGUUUUCCGCGUCAUCGAGUUUUCUCAAGGCUAUGAUGGGCAGCUGCGUACCACCGAAUGGUACUUCUACGUGUUUGACUCACUGCCGCUCAUCCUGGCUAUCAGCGUCUGGGUCUUCAUCUGGCCCGAAAAGUACUUCAAGGAAAAACUUUCUCAGGACGCCUACGCACUUGCCACCUCCAUGUACCCGUAG